AUGGCAGCAGUCUUUGAUCCACAGUUUAAGCUUUCAAUUGUUGAAUUUUGUUUAGGGAAGCUUGACAUGAGUACAUGUGAUGCAAAGGUGAAGAACUUGCGUGACAAGCUCAGUAUUAUGUUUGAGUCAUACGACAAAAAAUCCAAGAAUAACUCACCUUCCACUGAGCCACGUGAGACUGUUUCACAAAAAGCAUGUGCGGCAGGGUCAACGGGAAUGUUUGUGAACUACAAUGAUUUCUUUGCAUUUCGCAAAGUCAAUGGCAUUGUGAGUGGAAAGACACCUCUAGAAGCUUAUCUUGAAGAACCACCUUUGGACAUUACUAAUUUCCAGAGCUUGGACAUCCUCGAUUGGUGGAAAGAUAAUGCGCAUCGUGAGCGUCUUGUAUGUACAAUUGCUCGGAGCGGUAACAUGGAUAAAUCGUGGGUCUGGUUACCAAGGAAUAGCCUUGAGUAUGAGAAAGGAGCUAGUGAAUUUGUGUCUUCUUCAUCAAGACGUUUAGGAGAUCCAGCUGAAAUGUUCUGCCCUUGUGUUGAUUGUCGCAAUGUCUGCCAUCAAGCUUGUGAGACAGUUUUGGAGCACCUGGUGAUUAGAGGAAUGGAUCAGAAGUACAAGAGUUGUGUGUUUUGGACAAAACACGGGGAGACAAGACCAGAUAAGUCAGCUGAUGUGUACUCAUCUGAAAAUGAGGCUUACGAGUUGUUCAGAACGACUUUCUUGGCAAGUGAAGGCAAUGAGACUGCUGAACAAGAGAAUGAAGGAGCGUUUGAGGGGCCUGACAGUCCAGAAGAGGCUGAGUUCAGAAAGAAGUUAGAGGAUGCAGAAACUCCGUUGUACCCGGAGUGUGAGAAAUUUUCAAAAGUUGCUGCAAUCAUGGGACUUUACAGGAUAAAGGUGAAGAGUGGGAUGUCUGAGAACUAUUUUGAUCAGCUACUGUCCUUGGUUCAUGACAUGCUUCCCAUUGAAAAUGUGCUACCUAAGUCUACUGAUGAGAUGAAGAAGUUUCUGAAACAGUUUGGUUUUGGCUACGACGUCAUCCACGCCUGCAAGAAUGACUGUAUUUUAUAUAGAAAACAGUAUGAAGAUGCGGUCAGCUGUCCAAGAUGUAGUGAAUCAAGAUGGCAGAAGGAUAAGCAAUCUGGUGAGGAGAAGAAAGGGGUUCCUGCUAAGGUGCUUAGGUAUUUCCCGAUCAAAGACAGGUUCAGGAGAAUGUUUAGAUCAAAGCGGUUGGCUGAGGAGUUGUAUUGGCACUCCACUAAUGCUUCUGAAGAUGGAACUAUGCGACAUCCAGUGGAUUCGUUGACUUGGGUGCAGAUAAACAACAAAUGGCCGGAGUUCGCAGCUGAGGCAAGAAACCUAAGACUAGGUAUUUCAACCGAUGGCAUGAAUCCAUUCUCCAUCCAGAACACCAACCACAGCACAUGGCCUGUUCUCUUGGUCAACUACAAUAUGUCUCCAACGCAGUGUAUGAGGUCCGAGAACAUUAUGUUGACCAUGCUAAUUCCUGGCCCAACCGCACCUAGCAACAAUAUUGAUGUAUAUCUACAACCAUUGAUGGAAGACUUGCAGGAACUGUGGACAGAAGGUAUACAAGUUUAUGACGCCUUUAAGAAGGAGAGUUUCACUCUUAGAGCCAUGUUGCUGUGGAGUAUCACAGAUUACCCUGGUUUAGGAACUUUAGCUGGUUGUAAAGUGAAAGGCAAGCAAGCGUGUAAUGUUUGUGGGAAGGAUACACCACAUAGGAGGCGGCUCAUGCCUAGUCAUCCAUACAGACGAAAGAAAGGAUGGUUUGACAAUACGGUUGAGGUUGGUUCUGCAAAGAGGAUUCAGAGCGGUUCAGAAAUAUUAGACAGUAUAAGGGACUUUAAAAACGAUUUUGGAAAACUCUUACCUAAGAAGAGUAAGAGAAAGAGGAGUGAAGGAGAUGAGGAUGAUGUUGUUUCAGCUGAGGAGUACGAAGAAGAUCAUGAUAUGUGGCGGUGGAAGAAAAAAUCUAUUUUCUUUGACUUACCUUAUUGGAAGGAUAUGCCUGUGAGGCAUAACAUCGACGUGAUGCACGUGGAGAAGAAUGUGAGCGAUGCCCUGUUGUCUAUUCUGAUGAAUAGUUGCAAAUCAAAGGAUGGCCUGAAAGCGAGAAAGGAUUUAGAAGAUAUGGGUAUUCGAAGCAGCUUACAUACACAAGUAAGGGGGAAGAGAACUUAUCUGCCUCCAGCUGCGUAUUGGCUCUCUAAAGAAGAAAAAAAAAUAUUCUGCAGAAGAUUAUCCAACUUCAGAGGCCCUGAUGGAUAUUGUGCAAAUAUAUCCAAUUGUGUCUCACUGGAUCCUCCUUCUAUUGGCGGCAUGAAGUCACAUGACCAUCAUGUUCUUAUGCAGAAUCUGUUUCCGGUUGCGUUGAGAGGUUUACUCCCAAAAGGACCUCGGAUUGCAGUGAGUCGUAUGUGCAAUUACUUCAACAGAAUCUGUCAACGCGUUCUUGAUCCUGAGAAGCUACUUGCUCUAGAAACAGAGAUUGUGGAGACAAUGUGCCAGUUAGAGAGAUUCUUUCCACCUUCAUUGUUUGAUAUCAUGUUCCACCUUCCACUGCAUCUGGCGAGAGAAGCACGAUUGGGUGGCCCUGUACACUUCAGGUGGAUGUAUCCAUUUGAGAGGUAUAUGAAGACACUGAAAGCUUUUGUGAAGAAUUUUGCAAGACCUGAAGCUUGUAUGGCAGAGGGUUAUCUAGCUGGUGAAUGUCUUGCAUUUUGUAUGGAGUUCUUACAGAAAUCGGUACCAGUUGAGGAACCAAUGACAAGAAAUGAAGAUUUAGAGGCACAUGAUAAUGUACUUGAAGGGCGCCCUUUGCAAAAAGCUACAGAAGUGAAACUUACUGACAAGGAGAGAGAUGUAGCUCAUCGUUAUGUCCUCAUGAAUACUGCAGUGAUGGAUCCUUAUGUUCAGAUGCAUUUAGAGGAACUUCAAGCAAAAGAUGGAAGAUGUGCAAGAAAUGGUACCAUAUUAUGGAAAACUCAUACAGAAAGGUUUUCGACAUUGAUAAAAGAUAAGAUACCAAAUAACUCAAAGGAUCAUUCUCAGCGGCUCAGAUGGCUUGCGUUUGGACCAAGGAAUACAGACGAUGUCAAAAGGAAGACUCAGAACUGUGGGGUUUCAAAUGAAGCAUUCUCCAUGUGCAGAGCUAGUGCGAAAGAUUCUAAUCAAAUGGCGGACAUGGUAGCAUACUAUGGAGUCAUAAAGGAGAUCAUAUUGCUUGAUUACCACAUGUUUCAGGUGCCUCUGUUUAAGUGUAGUUGGGCACAUAAAGGGAAAGGUGUUAAAGAGGAAGACGGUUUUACACUUGUGAAUCUCCACACGAACCAGUCAGCAUUUGUUAAUGAUCCAUACAUUCUGCCUUCUCAAGCUAAACAAGUUUUUUACUCAAGAGAGGAUGACAGCUCUCCUUGGUAUGUUGUUAUGAGAGCACCUCCGAGAGGAUAUCAUGAGUUAGAGACUGAAGAGGAAAUUUGCCCUGCAACGUUAACAGUCCAGCAUGAUGAAGAUAUCGGAGAUCACGCUUCAGAUGACGAGAGUUUUUGUGUUAGGAAUGAUUGUGAGGGUAUUAUUCUUUGA